AUGGCGUAAUAUACUACGCCAGCGAUACGUAUUGUUAGCGUGGUGGCUGACAUACGACUGACUUUUAUCGUGUUAAUAUCUUAGUACACUGACCAAGGUUCGCUUGACCUACUUCAGUCCUGAUCUUCAGCGCACCACAUAUCACCACUAGAUGCACAUUGUAGGCUGGGCUAGGUGAAAACAAGAGGCAGGCCAAGCCGGGGUCCGUCAUUCACAGCUCGCUUAGUGUAUGUGUAAGAUUCAAAACUUACAUUGUUGUCGUAGUUGGACUGUAGCUGGCCUGAAGUCCAGACACCAUGGAAGUCUGUUCUCUUACCGUCAUUGCUGUAGUAGUGGUGCUGGGGUUUAUACUGAACAGGUUUCUGCGUAGUCUACGUAUCAAUAGGUACUCAUACGCCCUCAAGUACGUGCUCAUAACAGGCUGCGACACAGGGUUUGGAAACAUAACGGCUAAGAAACUCUACCAGAUGGGCUUCAACGUGUUUGCUGCCUGCCUGACUGAGGCUGGCAAAGAAGAGUUAGUCCAGUUUGCGAACAAUGAAAAUAAGUCGAACAAAAUGAUACCAUUUUCAAUGGACGUAACAAAAACGGAAAGUAUCAAGGAAGGUUACAGCUUUGUCGAAGGGCAAAUACCGCAUGGGAAAGGAUUGUGGGGCCUAGUUAACAACGCAGGGAUAGCAGGACCAGUAGGGGGGAUCGAGUUUUUCACCAAAGCCCACUACCAACGGGUCCUCGACGUUAACGCCCUUGGGAUGUUUGACGUGACGACCCACUUCCUUCCCUUGUUAAAGAUAGGGAAGGGGAGAAUUGUUAACACCGCAAGCAUCAUGGGAAGGCUUGGUUUCGCCGGUAUCGCACCAUAUUGUGUGUCCAAAUAUGCGGUAGAGGCGUUUUCAGAUUCUGCUAGGCGUCAACUCAAACUGUGGGGUGUCAGUGUUCACAUUGUGGAACCCGGGUUCUUCAGGACCAACAUCACCGACCUCAGCUUACUGGAGGAGAACUAUAGGAAGACGUUUUACGGGGCUGACCCGAAGGUCAUUGAAGAAUACGGACAGGAAUUUUUUAAAGAAACAAUGGAGGUUCAACUAAAGAAAUCCGUUGUGAUUGCCAACAAAAACAUCCAUCUAGUCCGGGACGCCUACAUUCAUGCGUUAACUGCCGUGUACCCUUACGUCAGGUAUUAUGUCGGACCGGACGCCCAUUUGUUCUAUAUCCCUCUGGCCUUUUUACCCGGCGCCAUCCAGGACAAGAUAUUUGCCGUUUUGUCCAAGCCUCCGUUGCCAGCGGCUUUGAAGAAAAAGAAGUAAAAAAAAGAAAAGACAAUGGUAUAAUAUGAUUUGAAUAAAGACGCGGAAUGUGAAACCAAGCGCUUGAGAUUUGCAUUUAUUUUGUUGAUUUUCGAUUUGAAUCCGAUAGAGACAGAAAAGGAAAGGAAGGGAACAGGAGAAAUGAGAAAAUGAGAAAGAUAAUUUCAUAAAAAAUAUUCAAAUGAUCAAAAGCCAAUUAAUGGUUGGACGUAUUAUGACAAUUUAACACAGUAUUAUGACAAGUAGUAUUUGAAGGAAGCGUCAGACUGGCCCCACCCUCCGUUGGGGAUUAAUCCCGGCCAGUAUAAGUCGGAUGAUGAUGAUUAUGAUGAUUACGUUGUUUUUGGUUUAGAAAGAAAUACUUGUAAUAAAUAGAAACGUAGCCUUAAAAGUCCAUUUUCUUAAUUAUAUCGCAGAUUUAAGUUUGGAACUUGAAUGUAGCGUCACGAGGAAGUCUAGAGCAAGGUAUUUUUUGUAAUGUCUUUCGGGCGUGUAUUUUGUGGAAAGCGCCAGUUUGCAGUUCGUUUUCAGAGAGUGAAAAAUUGUACAAGUCACUGUCUAGAAAGAUAGAGUAUUCAUAAUUCUUGUAGUAUUCACGGCAUUUAUAUUGCUCAAAUAAUUAAAGGCUCUUAUAUUU